CGCAUAAUCAUCUUGACGAGGAGAAGAAGCGAUCAAGUUAUCUAUCGAUCGAAAAAGAUAAUAUAGCGUAAUUGUGCUGUAAUAACAAUAUAACAGAAAUAUAUAGUUUGGAAUUGCGGAAAUAUAUUCGAAUAGAACAAGUGCUUUUCUGUGUACGAAAGUCUAUCUCGAUCUCGACUUUGAGACUCACUUCCACAGUCCACGCGUGGAAAGUACGUGAUAUAAACACAUAUACAAAAUCUGCGCAAUCUGCUGCGUCUGUCUAGUCCUUUGAGAGAUAUCUCAUUGUUUUAUGUGGAUAGAAAUCUGUGUGAUUUGAAAUGACAGACACGAGUCAACUGUCAAAUGACAUGGAGGAGUCCGCGCAAGUGAUCGAUUUGACCGAUCACCGACAGACGCAUCAAUAUCACUAUCAUCAUCAUCAUUAUCAUCGUUAUCAUCAUCAUCAUCAUCAUCAUCAUCAUCAUCAUCGAGGUAGAACACCACCCGUGGGUGAGAUUGGUGACGAUGAGUGCAGCACCGACAGUGGCUGCAGCAGCGGCGGAAGUACCGGAAGCGGCGAACGUCUAUCGCGACGUGGUAGCGGUGAACGUUUAUGCAGAUCCAGUAGGUCCUCUCCAAGAACGCAUUGCUACCCAGAGCGACUGCGAGGACGAACGACACGAUCGCAGGAGCGGCUUAGCACUAGCGUGCAGAGAUCGUCGGAGCGUGCAGAGAUCGUCGGAAUUUGGAGCCUUUCCGAAGACGUCAGGAGUCUACCUCGUGGUGGUAUCUCACCCUCAUCCUAUUCCUCCAGUCCUUCGGAUGCUCACAGCAGCAGCGAUAGCGACUCUCUCAAAAGGCCCUCCACAGCGGAGACUCUACGACGGGCCUUUCAAAGUCUCAAGAUUAUCUCAUCCAAAUGGGAUGAUAGCAACAAGGGGAAGAAGCACGCGAAGAAGAGCCCGAAGAGGAUUUUGCGUAGCCCGGUGCCCUAUAUAUAUGUCCGAGGACCAUCCGGUCUACCCACUCAAAGGAUUCCCCGAAAUUCCGGUUUUCAGCAGAAAACUAUACAGCCACGCUCCUGCCAAGAUCUUUAAUCGAUUAUACACAUCGCUGGGCGAAUAUUUUUUUUUUUUUUUUUUGGAGUAUUUGAACGCGCAGGACCAAGAUACAUUCCUCUGUCAGAGGAAAUAUUAAGAACUAAAAUAUUAAGGAUAAAAUGCGCAAUCAAAUGUCGCCUUUUGAUUAUCGUGCUCGCGAUAACGUAUAUCUCCUAAUAUCAUCGACGAUGUUAUCUUUACAAAUGCCGAAUUCGCGUGCGGCGUAAAUCAUAGGGUAUAUCCGUAAUUUCUAAGCUUUUCCUGAUUUUGUCUCUCCUUUUUCUCACUCGAUAUUCUUAUUCGAUUAUAUUUCACGUACGACUUGCUCGACUGUCGGGACAUUUUUCGAGACAGGCAAGGUUCUUCUCUUUUAAGUAGUAUAAGUCAAGCGUAACGUCGCCUCAACGUGAAUUCGCUCGAAUCAGCGAAACGAAUGACAAGAAAGGCAAAAGAAAGACAAUUAACAUAUAUAAAGAGAGAUGACAUUAAAUUAAAUAUAUGCACAAUUAUUAUAUUAGCUGCAGAUGAUCCUUGAUACCGGACACAGAAAUUAUUUGCAUAUUAAAUUACGAAAUAGUAGUACUACGAAACGAAAAAAAGAUUAUACAUACAUAUGUAUAUAUGUGUGUGUGUGUGUGUGUGUGUGUAUGUUUGAUCUUAUUAUCUUCCAUCAUAUUAUUACUUCUAAAUUGGGAUAUGCAGGCAGUAAGAUCUUUUGUGUAUUUAGGAUCGUUUGUAUGAUAAUUUCUAAUAUUCUCUUUACAACAUCUUUUUAACUAAAAACUUUGUCAUAUAGAGUGUUUAUUAAAGCCAAAAUAUUUGUCACGAUAUAUCCACACGUAUGUAGAAUUAUAAUCAUUCAACACUUUUCUCUAGUCUGACUAAUAUUCUUUAAUUACAACCGCAUGGAGGAUGUUUGGGAUGUAGAAACGUGCAGACUGAUAAGUUUAAUAUACAUUAAUUCAUAUUGUCAUUUAUAAACUUAUCAUCAAUAAACUUAUGUAAGAUUUUAUUACAUACUUACAUGCCACCAUUAUCUUUAUUGUAAUUUCGACUCUAGGUAAUUUGAAUUUAAUAGAAAUAACUCUUUAAUAAGAAACGAGAAAUUAUGAUGUAAUAAUAAAAAUAACAACAAUAAUAAUAUUGCAAAAAGACAUUAAACUAUGUGAUACAUUGGAGAACGAUUUUUAAAUGCAUUCAAAAUUUCCAAGGCUGUAAAAUCGUGCAAUGAGUGCUACGAAUGCAAUGUAAAAGAAAAAGCCGAGCAAAUGAUACAUAAUUAUUUCUCGUUUGUAUUUCUCUUAUUUCUUUAUUCAGUUUAUUUAUUAUUGUCAAUCACGAUGAUAACGUAUACUCGUACUUUUAUCGGUACUAAGAGCCGUGAUUCGUUAAUCGCGCGAUAAAAAUCAAUUAUAUCAAUGCGGAAAAUUAGUGUGUUCAAAUUAUUCCAGGUCCAAAAAGAUACUACCCUUAAUAACUCGUACUACGAUAAUAUAAUUGUCCUUAUGAUCAGUCUAUAUGUAUAAAGUAUACUAAUGGCUAGCGUAAAAAUAUUGUUUAUGAGGCUAAUCAUCAGUUGCGCAAGUAAAAAAAUCCUUUAUUAAUGUAUUAAAAUCGGUAUUCAAGAAUCAGUAUUAUUUACAUAGAAAAUAUAUAGAUACAUAUUAUAAGAAUUAUCAUUGACGGAUAUCUUUGGAAAAUAGUAAGCGAUACAUAUCGUCAUCGAUACACACUACAAUUUCCCAACACUUGUAGCUUUCAAGAUGUUAAUGAACAAAGCUGAUUUCAAUCACAAUCAAAGGAAAUGGGUUGUCCAUUUCACUUUUUAAAGAAAUUCAAAUUAUGUGUUAUCGAAUAUGUAAAAAGAAGGCU